CUGUAAUCUUCCUAUAUUAGUUAAGGUUUACUACGAAAAUACUUCAACGUCUUCAACGAAUAAAUCGUAGUACUAUGUAGUGUUCUUCGAGCAUGGCAUCGGUUUUCAGUCUUCCCGAACCGCUCCAGAGGUUCCUCAGCAAAUUCCCCUUGCACACUUACCCGCCAAUUCCGGUUACCUCAAGACGUCCUUUGCAAAAGCCUACGCUAUGGAUUGCACCUCCUCGGACAACGGCAGCCGACCAAACAUCUAACUCCGAUAUUUUGAGCGCAGACGCCGAGUGUCUGAAAUGGCAGGCAUAUAUCGCUUUGCGUGGGGUAACUGACAUCGCUGUACGGUGGGACAUCUCUCCAGAAGGUGGAAUCGAUGGUCGUUUGCCUUGUCUACAUACUCCUGCGCUUGGAGAUGCUAGCAGUGAGCUGUUAGCACCACGCUCUAUCCCUGGUUGGGUGGAUGGACGAGUUGACGGUGGGAACGAUCCUCUCAAUGGUUACAGUGAUGAAACACUCAAGGACGAGAGCCACGCAUGGGUCUCCUUGCUAGAGGGAGUAGUACAUGCUGCUUUGGUGCGUGCAUUCUGACUCAUAUGUAGACCACAUCCUGACUGCCCUUGCCAGACUCUAUCAGAGCCUCCACAAC